AUGUCACCGGGAUCCGGUCGACGUGGUUUACAGAUUACCAACGAGUUGAAAGAGUUCUAUCAUGUUGAGGGCCUAGAUGACGUUCGUGUCAUUCGUGAUCGACAGACGAAGCUGUCCCGACAACUUGGAUUUUUGAGGUUUCGGAAUUUAAGCUUAUCCCGAGCAUUUGUGGAGCGCAACUUUCCUACAAUCUACCUACAUGGACCCAGCGCACAGGACGACCGCGGCACAAAGGUCCGCAUCGCAUAUAGCCGUGAAAGAGAGGACCGUGCUCGUGCGAGAGCAGAGGCGGACUGGAACUGCAUGAUGUGUGGAAUUGUGAAUUACUCUACUCGCCAGAAAUGCUUUAGGUGCCAAGCGCCACGACCUGACGCCGGCCCGGCUGGUCCCCCUGGGUUGCCAGCACCGAAGGUGGAAAACCAUGGCGACAAUGAUGCUGCGCCGGAGAACCAACCCUCUCAAUUCCUGCUCUUCCGCGGACUGGAACCUUCGGUAACGGAAGAGCUUCUUGCCAAGGGUGUUGCCAAGCUGUAUCGUCCUGCAUCUGGGAACGAGGCACCAGGCAAUGGGAAGAAGGGGGCAAAGGUGGCUUCUACUACAGGUGAUUCCAACCUUGGUGCCAGGGAGGGCUCCAUCCGUCGUGUCUUGCUGGUGCGAGACCGUCGCAGUAACGAGAGCUGGCGCUAUGGAUUCGCCGAAUUUGCGACUAUCCAGGAUGCACAAGCUGCUAUUACACGUCUGAACUCGUUUGAAAAAUUCACCAUAUCAUCCAGACCGGUUCUGGUCAGCUACAUUCACGCAGGUGUAUUUGUUCCGGUGCUGAAUCCCACAAGCAACGAAAAAUUCACAUUCAGUCCUCUGAACAACCCAUCGCUGAAACUAAUGUACUGGGAUGAAGAGGCAUAUGCCAACGAGCUUACGGUAUCGACGGCAGAACUCGAUAAUCCCAAGUCAGAUAAGCCAGCCGGUCAAUCCGAUAAAUCCAAGGAUGCAGAUAAAGCGAAGAAGCGCAAGGCGGAAGCGGCUGCCGCUGCCGGAGCGAAGAAGAUGGCAGUCCCAUCGCAUCUGCAAUUUUGGAGCAACCGACAUGCCGAGUUGCAUGGAAUCCAGAAGAAGGACGCGGACGAAAAAGGCACAGAGCAUGGCUCGGACCGCGGAGUCUCCCCGUCCGAAGCAACCGCUCCACCAUCCCAGUCUUAUGCCGAUCCCGACCGUAAUUGCUGCUACUUGUGCAUGCGCCAGUUCAAAUCAUCGGCAGAAGUCAAUCGGCACGAGCGGCUCAGUCAGCUCCAUCGUGGAAAUCUACAGGACGAAGAACUGGUAGCCAAGGCGACAGGCAAACUCAUCAAGCACGGAAUCAUCCCAGCACCAACUGAGUAUCGUGACCGCGCACGAGAGCGGCGCAAGGCGUUCGGCUCCAAGCCCUCAGGGAAGAACCGACCCGCUCCGCCCCCGCCAAAGGAAGAGGAGCCCCCAGUGCAGACCACAUCAAAGGGAGCAUCUCUGCUCAGCAAGAUGGGAUGGACCGGCGCCGGCUUGGGCGCCCAAGGCACCGGCAUGACCGCGCCGAUAGCCACAGAGGUUUACGCCCAGGGCGUAGGCCUAGGAGCGCAAGGCAGCAAACUAGGAGACGCAACCGAAGAAGCCGGGCGCAACACGCGCAACCGGUACGACGAAUUCCUGGAGAAGACGAAGCAAACAGCACGAGAACGAUACGAGCAGCUAGACCGAUAG